AUGAACGGUUUUCUCAAGAAGAAUAAUGCCUAUUCUGUGAUAAAAUAUGCAACAGUACAAAGCCGACUAAACGAACUUUGUGCAACAAUCGAGGAAAAGGAACGACAACUACGAGGCGUUAGAAAUGGAUUGAAUGAAAAGGAUGAACAAAUUGGAAAACUCUGCGAUCGAAUUAGAGCACUUGAAAAUAGCUGCGAAAGACUGCAGUCCGUUAUCGAAUCUUUUGGAGAUGAAGCUGAUCAAAAAGAAGUGAAACUACGCGAAAUUAUCGGCGAACGUGAUGGCUUAGUUAUAAGAAAUGCUUCCCUCUCUCGCCAGAUGGAAUACGAAAGACGAGAAUGGUCGAUCGAACGAGAGCGACUUUCGAUGGAGCUCGAUGAUGUGACACGAGAGCUGGAGUUACAAAAAAUGAUCCUGAACGGUGAAAGUAUCUCCGAAAUCGUCCAACGAGUAAGCAGACCAACUACUAUAAAUUCCCAAAGAGAAAUUGAAGGCAAAGAAGAGGAGCAACAAUAA